UAAACGACUCAUUGAGAGGAAGAGAGAGAGAGAGAGAGAGAGAGAGAGAAAGAGAGAGAGAGAGAGAAAGCACCAAUACAAUUAGCAAAGAGAACAUAAAGAACAAGAAAAAGAGUCGAAGAGGAGAUGGAAUAAUGCAACUCUGCCGCGUCACGUGGUGAAAAUACGGCACUGUCAGAUGGAAACGACGAAAAGCAGAAGAAAGUAAGCGAUGAACAGGCUCAACGAAAGCGUAGAGUAGAGAGACGCGAGAAAGGGACGGCGACGACGUCGGCGAUUUAUAUGUCAGCAGGCGAGCAGGCGAGCAGGCGCAAACGUACGCGACGAGCAAAAGGCGAACGUGAAUUUGUGAAAAAAAAACUGCUAAGACGACAUCAGUUCUUUUUUGUGGAAAGUUCUUUCUUUGUGUUCAUCUUUUUCUGAAAUUGAGAUUCUCUUUGGUUAAGCAAUGGAUAAAUGCGGUGCACCACGUGGCAAGCGUCCGCGCGUCCAGGUAUCGAUAGAAAAGAAGGAGCAUGCCAUUGCCCGCAUACUCAACGGAGAGACCAAGGCCGGCAUCUCCCGUGAGCUGGGCGUGCCCGAGUCCACGGUCCGUGGCUGGGUGAAGCGCUCCGAGCAGCGCUCCGCUCGCGAGACCAAGGAUAAGCAGAACUUGGACAAGAAGCCAUCGCCGCCACAAGCCGUGAAGCUGCCGCAGAAGCGCAACUUUAACGGGCAUUCAUUGGCAGCUGACCGGAAGCACAUGGGGGAUUCCCUAUCGAUGCCGAUGCAGACUCCAGCUGAAAUGCCCACUUCAAAUACGCUUCCCACCAUGGCUCCAGUACCAUGUCCCAUUUCGGGGCCACUGCCACUACUGCCACCCGUGCCCCUUUCAGUGCCGCAAACGGCCGUCGAUGACCUUAACCAGACGGACGACAGUCAGAUGAUCUACUGGCUGAACAUCUUCAAUGCGGGUGUCCUCAACUUCACCUGGAUCGUCACGGCGGCUGUCCAGCAUGCGCGCACCCAUGGCUAUGCGGAUUGCCUGCCCCUGUGGCAGAUCAUCAACAUUUACGUGGACGAGGCCGCACGCAACGUGGCCGCCAAUGCGGGCCUAUUUGUGAAUCCAUUGCCGAAAACACAGACAACUAGCAUUGGUAACAUUUUCCAGACGCCAAGUCUCCACAUCACAGCCGAGGAUGAUGAAGAGGACGACGACGAGCAGUGAUAAAGGCAACAUCUGUUGGGUUUUUAUGUAAAUGAAUAUCUUAUG